AUGCCAAUUGGACUAGAAAACAGAGCCAUACCAGACUAUGCCAUGCAAUCCACCACAACGUUAAACGGUACUUCACCCUAUGAUGCACGCCUGAGUUCCACAGGGGGAUGGUGUGCUUUUCCCAGUAGCGAAGUUUACCUUGAGGUUAACUUGCAAUCGCCUCAUUUUGUUUGCGCCAUUGGUACCCAGGGUAGACAAAGCAAGGACUAUGUGAAGAAAUACAAAGUUGAACUGGCAAACAGAAACAGUAAAUACGAAGUUUACAAGGAAAAUGGAAUUUUCAAGGAGUUUGAAGCCAACAGCGACUACAACCGUGUAAAGAAAAACUUGUUGGAGUCCGGGGUCGUGACGCAAUAUGUGAAGCUGCGGCCGCUGGAGUGGCAUAGCACGCCAUGUUUAAGGCUGGAAAUUUAUGGACAAAUUAAUUCAGAAAGAGUCCCGACACGCGCUCCUGACAGCGUUUCGUUUUCAGUUGAAGAUGGUGGACUACAGGUCAGAUGGAGUCUGUUACCUGUGUAUUUUCAUGGGGACGUUCUCGACGGAUACAGAGUAGAAGUUAAGAAACCAAAUAACUCUAUUCACGGGAUAUGGACAUUUUCUGCAGAGGAAAAGAGUCAGAAAUUUCCUGGAAUUACUAAACGUGCCGACAUUGGUUGUGUACUGGUCUAUGGAGUUACCGAAUAUGGAGACGGUGUUUCCAGUGGCUGUGCUAUUGAGGAGCAAGGAGAGGGGUCUGGUAACAACUCUAUUCUUUAUACGCAAUGGAGUGAAUGGAGCAGUUGCAGCAAGUCAUGUGAUCGAGGUGUACAAUUUCGCAACAGGACUUGUACAUCACCGUGUAGUUACGGUGAUAGUUCACAUCAGCAGAACAGAAGCUGUAAUUCUCAAGAUUGCCCAGACUCACCGGAUCCGAUCUUAGAUCAACCGUCAAACCUGACCACUGUGAAAUCAAGCCCCAAUUCUUUAGCGGUCCAAUGGAAGCCUUACACCGGUAACAACACUUUGGUGGCUUACCGCGUGUUAGUGCUCCGCAUGAGAGCUUGGAAGAGUGGAAAGAGUAGGAAGAGAAGGUCGAUCCCGGACAAAGAAGGCGAGCUUCUAAGGAACUUUACUGUUGGCCCUAACGUCACAGCUUUUGAGAUUGGAAAUCUGUCCGCGUCCACCGGGUAUUGUAUCCGCAUUGGAGCCAUUACCGAGGAACUGGGGGAGGAAAGUCUCAGUGACUGUUAUUACCUCUAUACAGAAAAAAGAGAUGUGUCCCUUCCGCCUCCUCCUGAGGCAAACGCCACCACUAAUGGAUCCUCAUCGAUAACUAUCCAUUGGAAACCUGUGCUCAACAAUACAGACUCCCCAAUAAUAGGAUAUGCCAUUUUCCUUCGCGAUACAAACAGAUCAAUUUUUGUUGAAUCGUGUUUGACAAAUAUCACUGUGAAUUCCAGUGGCUGUAUCGAAAUGGCAACUCUCAUUACUACAGGGUGGGGAAACACCACAGGGUGUCUUCAGACAGAGAAUUCACCUACGCCAACGCCAGAACCUGUUGUUAAUGAGACUGCUCCAAAGAUCACUGCAUCGAUAAGAAGAUCUCUGGCAACCAUAUUAGUCACGUGGGAUCCCAAGACAAUUUCUGGCAUCAAAGGAGAAUUUAUCGAAUAUGAUUUGGAGUAUAAGCUCAUUGAAGUUAAUGGAAUUCCGAAAGACGAUGCUUUGUGGACGUCGCUGAUGUUCAGUUGUUACCAGUCCAAAACAGAGUUCAAUCUAACAGACCUUUUACCAUUUGCACGGUAUGAGAUCAAAAUGGCGGUAAUCACAUCAGAAGGCGUUGGAAAAUACAGCGAGGCAGUGUAUGGAGCAACUUGCGCAUGCGCAGAGUUUAUCACAGCUCGUUCUGCUGGUGGAAUCAAAGACUCAAAGCAAGACACUAUCACCUCCACACUGACAAAAGUGAUAUCGGACCUUCUCCUAGACACUUGUGUGAGCAAAACCUCAUACGGGCAGAGUGAAUAUAGCAAGUUUGUACCGGUGAUUACAGUUCCAGGAGUAUUGGUGAUAACAAGGAAGUCCGACUUAAGCAAGGUGUUGACCCAAGUGGCAAGUGGCUCAGCUCUAUCAUCGUGGCCUAUCGCAGUGGUGACCGUGGUGAUGGCCACGUUAGCAGGAAUAAUUAUCUGGUUUUUGGAUUCCAAGGAAAACUCUGAACAAUUUCCACGUCAGUUCGUUAAGGGAGCUGGUCAAGGAUUCUGGUGGUCUUUCAUUUCUAUGACAACUGUUGGGUAUGGUGAUCUCUGUCCGAAGUCCAUACCUGGAAAAUUAUUCGCCAUGAUCUGGUUUCUUAUCGGCCUUGUGAUCUUCUCUGUGUUCAUGGGAACUCUCACUUCACUGCUGACUGUUACCACCGUCAGGAAAACUAUUGGAUCACCGCAAGGAACAGAUGUGAAAACGGUUGCAGUUGUGGCUGAUUCCCCUGAACAACGUGUUGCAGUUGGUUCUCUUAGUGGCAAAGUCAAUCUUGGAAAACAAUUUCCAGAUGUGGAACAUCUUGUGAGGGCUUUAAAAGACCGCGCAGUUGAGAGUAUUAUGGUAGAUAUGUACACGCCGGUUAAACGAAAGGAUUUGUUUAAUGGUUCUUGGUAUGAAAUUGGCAAACUACUAGAGGUUGAGAUCUCUCAUGGAGUUCUUCUACAUGGCCAUGCUGUUAGCCUGGUGGAAGAAUUGAAGAAAAUGAUCAUUGCUAAAGAUGUACAGUCAGAAUAUUUGCAAGACGCAAAUGAAAACGCGGAAGAUGAGGGAGAAAUUUUAGAGGAAGAACCUGUAACAUUCUUUGAGCCGGCAAGUCCCUAUUUCCGUACCACCAUGUACACGACUCUAGCAGCUCUGGGUGUAUGUUUUUGCUGCGGGAUGCUGUACCAAGCAUUUUUCUACAAGAGAAGACGAGCACCUGGCAAUAGAAUCAAUAAUAACGCUGUCGUUCCUGAAAACACUGCUUCUAUUGCUCAGUUGGAAACAGCGGUGAAAGAAUUUUACUCAUCAUUUUCUUCAACGUACAAGGAAUUAAAAAAAAAGUUCAAAGCUGAGCUGAUUCACCUGGAAAAAGUAAAGCGACAAGGAGGGAAAAACUUGAUAAAAAAGAACUUUCAGAUAUUUGAGUCUAAAGCAUAAAUUACUGAUCACAUUUGCAAGCAUGAAAAUAAUAACAACAAUCUCUGCUAUACUUUGUACAGCCUUGACUUAAAUUUGUCAUAAAUUCUACUGCCAAUUAAUUCGUAGGGUGAUUUUGCCGUUAGGCCACUGACAUCACUGUCUAAACCCGUGUAUCUGAGGCACCUUUCCGUGGUAAUACUUUCUACAAAAUGCAACAGUACAUUGUUUUGAAUUAAGGUGUCAAUUGCCUUCCACAAUUGUCAGUUAACAAUGAGGUUAACAAUGUACGUUAACAAUGUCUUCAUAUUAUACAAUUUUGACAGUAGUAAAGGUGUGAUAAUUCUAUAAUGACGGAAAUAAUUCUGCAGGAGAUCAGAGCACGAAUGAGAGUAUGUUACACCAAAUCCCAAUUAUAGGAAUCCUAAAAGACAUGAUGAAAUAUAAGUUCAAUUCUUUGACUGAACACAAAGCAAACGUACUACACUACU